AGUACUCCAAUUGGUACCAUUAUAUAAGUAACCAACUUCAAACUUCUGCAUUCAAUUAAACUGAGGAUCACAUUUCCAUUCUUAUUCUCUUGUUUGAAGAUCUCUCCUCUCUCUCUAGAUUAUUUCUUCUACAUUUACUAGGAAAGUAUAUUAUUUACAAUAAAGAUCGAGAUCAGUUCUAGUGUUUGUGAGAAGCAUUAAGAAGGACGGUUGCAAUGACCUCUGAAAGUACUGACAAUUUUUACAGCUCUGGACCCUCACAUCUAACUUAUGUCAAUUGGGAUAAUGAAUAUCAUCGAAAAUCAGUAGCUUCUAGUUUGGUCAAUGGUGUUUAUGUUCUAGAAAAUGACCGCCAAAAACAACGAAAAGGUCCCGAUUCACUAGCAUGUAAAUGGUGGGAAUUCUUCCAUUUUAAGCUGCUUGAUACACUUAUUGAUGAUGUUGAUAGUUCCAUAUUUGGUGCAAUUUAUGAGUUCAAGCCUCAACCAUCAAUGUGCAACAACAAAAGCCCGCGUUAUGUAAUUGCGUUUCGAGGGACUAUAAUUAAACCAGAGUCAUUUUUGCGCGAUAUGGAGUUGGAUCUAAAAAUUCUCAGACAUGGACUUCAUCGAACUUCACGCGCGAAGAUAGCUACCGAAGCUGUAAGAAAGACGGUACUGGAUAGGGUUGGUGGUAAUGGUUCCAAGAUAUGGUUGGCUGGUCAUUCUCUAGGAUCAAGUAUCGCUUUGCAUGCAGGCAAAACAUUGGCUAAAAGUGGAAUUGAAUCUUUUCUUUUCAACCCUCCAUUUCCAUCUGCUCCACUUGAUCAGAUAAUAAACAAUAAGAAAGCGAAACAUGGGAUUCGAUGUGUUGGCAGCACGCUAAAAUUUGGAGUCGGCUUUAUUACUAUGAAUUCGGAUAAGAGAAGAUCGUCCAAUGAUUCAUUUUCUGCUUUGUCUGCUUGGAUUCCAAACUUAUUUGUGAAUCCAUCUGACUGUAUAUGUUCGGGGUAUGUUGGAUACUUCGAACAUAGAAGCGAAAUGGAGAAAUAUGGUGCUGGUAGGAUUGAAAAGAGAGCAACACAAAUCUCAGUUGGUUGUGAAUUCAUGAGAGCUUUAGGGAUGGAAUCUGAACCUCUGCAUCUCAUUCCUUCAGCUAUUUUGAAAGUUAAUUUAACCCCUCAGAAGAAUUGCAUAGAAGCACAAGGAAUUGACCAGUGGUGGAAACCAAACUUACAGUUGAAAUCCGAGCAGCAAACAUACUAGUAGUUCUUCUACGUACUUAUUGUAUAUACUCAAUUGCUGCAUGUAUUGAUUGAGCUACGUUGUUUAUGAUUUUCCAUUUGAAAUUACUUCCAAAGCAAGUAGCAAAUGCUACUAAGCCGUUGUAUGAAGAAAAAAUUGAUUGAGCUACGUUGUUUAUGAUUUUCCACA